AUGAUCUUCGGGGGAAAUGAAGUCAAUGAUGUGACCUUCUCGGCAUCAAAGAAAACAAAGAUAUCAGUGACUCACAACAAGAGGCUUUGGGAAGUAGCGGAAGAUGAUAUCAUCUUCACGGAGGAAGAUGCUGACGGACUUCUCCUGCCACACAAUGACGCUUUGGUAAUCUCUCUCAAUGUUUUAGAUUUCAAAAUUAAGUGUGUUUUGGUUGACCCAGGAAGCUCAGCCAAAAUCAUCCAAUGGAGAGUGCUGGAACAAGCAAAAUUGACCGGGAGCAUCAUUCCGGUGACAAAACUCUUUGCUGGAUUUAGCUUGACAAGUGUGACAACCCGAGGGGAAAUUUUGCUAACCACAAACGAUGAAGGAGUAACCAAGGCCACCUUAUUCGAAGAGGUAGAUGGCGAUAUGGGUUACAAUGUAAUUCUCGGGAGGCCGUGGAUACACGAGAUGAAGGUCAUGCCCUCAACCUAUCACCAGUUGUUGAAAUUCCCAACCAUGGAAGGAAUCAAGCAAAUAAGCAGGGACCAACCGUCUGCAAGGGAGAUGAAUGCAAUUACAAUUUUCCAGUAG